AUGGUCACACACAGAGUUGAGGUCAAUGUCUCAAUGUUGAAAUGGAGACUAGUGACAAGUAGCAACCCUCGGGGGUCAAUACUGGGAGCAGCGCUGUUUAACAUCUUUGUCAGCAACCUGGACAGUAGCAUUGAGUGCGCCCUCAGCAACGUCGGAGGUGGGGGUCGAGUUCAACUCGCCCAACUGCACAUACAUCCGUGGGCUCCCUUCAGGGGGGCAUUGCUCGCCCCUCUGCGUGUCAUCAGCCCCACGUUCUCCACGGCGAGCGCUGAGGGGCGGCGGCGACUCCCCGCGCUUCGUCCUUCCGCUCUCACAGCCGAGCUCCCCUCAGCGUCCGGCGCCGACACAGACCGCGGCCGGGCCGCGUCUCGGCGGCGCCAGCGCAGCCGUGGCUGGGGAGACCGAGGCGAGGCUCGGGGGUGGCGGGUCCCUCGGCGUGCGGCAGAGGGCGCCCCGCAUUCCGCCAGAGCGGGGCCGGGAGGAGUCUCCUGCGCUGCGCGGCUUGGCCGGGGAAGGAAGGAGGGAGGGAGCUGCCACGUCCUCUGCGCCGAGGGAAGCCAGCCCGCGCCUCAGCCCCACGUGUGGCGGAGCGGGGAAGUUGCCGGCGGCAAGCGCGGACUGUACCGGUCUCCAGUCGCUGCCGGUUCUUUCCCUUCCCUCGGUUGUGCUGGGGAACGACCGAGACCUGUGCUUCAGCAGCCUAUUGGAAAAAAAGAACUCGGGAAAGCAUUUGUAAUGACCCGGGGAACGAUCCAGAUAAUCCUUUGUGAAUGUAAAUAUCUGGCUUUUGCCUCUCUUUUAAGCACUGUGCCUUCGUUUGUACGCGGUUUGGCUAUGGGAUGUGCAGACGUGAAUGAGGGAAAGGUUCUGGAUGCUGUGUACCUGGACUUCAGUAAGGCCUUCGACACAGUUCCCUACAGCAUUCUCUUGGACAAAGUGGCUGACCAUGGGUUUCCUGCAGAGCCAGCCCCUUGCAGGAGAAGGAAUUCUCCAGCCCUUCCUUUCGAAGCACCUUGGACUACUUGCUGCCGUCCAGCUCCCUUCGCUUGCCUGCUCCGGCGAACAAAAGAUCCUGGGAGGAGCAUGAGGCAGCUACGAGGCAAACCCAAAAAAGAAACCUCCAAAGACAAAAAGGAGAGGAAACAGGCGAUGCAAGAGGCCCGGCAGCAGAUCACCACCGUGGUGCUUCCCACGCUGGCUGUUGUAGUACUGCUGAUUGUCCUAUUUGUUUACGUAGCGACUCGCCCAAAUACCACCGAAUGA